GUAUGACGCAACCAUCUUCUAAUAUUAACAAGGCCGUAGUGUCAAUAUUUAUCUGGAAUUGGUGGCAAUACAGGGUCUUCACAGUACAUAUAUUGUAUCUGCACAUCAGUCCUGUCAUUUGACAUGCUGAACACGCCUUUCUUUUUUGAUCUGUUACAAGGUGAAAUAAGCGCCAUUGCCCCCUUCACCUGGGUAAACAAUGUUUUGCAUGGCAAACAAUACCCCUCUCUCUGUUACUGUAUUUACAGAGCAGGCUGGGUUCAGACCCUUUCAAGCAGUUUUCUUUUUCUAAAUGGUUUGAUAUAUCUGGUCCUGUAAUCUAUAACCAACUUGCUUUUGGAAAUGUUUCACAAAUGUUUUUCAAACGCAAACUACCGCCGGCGACCAACGCAUUCCGUGGAGUAGAGACAGAAGAAAUAGUUUGAACCGUCCAGAUUCAGCCUUUUCUGCCAGCGCUCCGCCUCCUUCUUUCGCCAAUUAGCCGGUCGCGUGAAACUAUUUUGAAAGCAGUUGAGUUCAACAACACUGCGGCGCUACUGCAUUUUAGUAACGCGACCUGUCGAGACUGAUUAAACGGAAAAAGUCCCGGUUGAAGUCUUCAGAGAAACAGAUGCGCAAAAAUUAAAAUUUUUCGAGUCCGCAUCGGUGGAAUUUUCUUUAGCACGAGAUUACAUACCGUUACAGUAAAACGAAAACAGUGAGCUCCAAUCAUGCCAACACAGGCGACGUCGUGGACUGGGAUUUUCUUCCCUGUGAGAUACCUGGCAGUGCUGUUGCUAACAUGCGUUCUGUGUGAGGGACAGACAAGCGGAAGAAAACCAAACAUUGCCACAGUUUUUGUCAAAAUCAGUCCACCCAAAUGGGAAGCGAAUGUCACAAACCGUUGCGAGUGUGAGGGAGCCAUCUCCCAGAUGUUAGGCACCGUGGGGCUGAUGAUGGACCGCCUGGACCAACAGAAUAUGAACAUGAAGCGACAAGGGGAAUUAAUUAGGGAAUUACAGGAACGCUUAGACAAAAUGGAACCUUCUACAUCCGUGACUACUGGACAGAGAGAAGAAGGGACUGGCUCACGAGGGGGUCCAGCGUGUGGUUGUGGUCCCGGUCUACUUUCGUUCACACGUCAUCAGAUGAUGGACAUUUACAUGAACAUAACCAGUCCCUACCAGUCCAGCCUGUUCACACUGGCCGAGAAAUUAAAACAAUUUGUCUUGAGUCGUAUCCGCAUGGAAGAAAGGGAAGCAUCAGUCCUUUUUCGGCGAACUUAUGGUCUUUUAUAUGAAAAGAUGGAGCCAGCUUUCAAGAGAUUAUUUAAUGACAUGUACGAUUACAUAGACGGCAAGUCUGUGGAUCUAGAAGGCAAGGUGAAUUCCUUCUUCAGGGAUUUGUCGCAUCGUUUAUUCCGGUUGUUGCAUCCUGCGUCUCUGGACCAGCGCUAUCUAGACUGUGUGGGACGCGUGCAUGACCAACAGGACGUCAUUAGUGAGGGUUUCCGUGGGGCUGAUCAGAAACUGGGCAGGGGCCUUCGGAAGGCGUCCCAAGCCACUCGGGGAUUAAUCUAUGGCUUGAAAUCAGGAGCUAAAGUCAUGAGUGAUCUGUCUACGCUCCCCCUGACGGCCGAGUGCAUGCAGGCAGCGACACAGUUGCAAUUCUGCCCUCGCUGUGACGUCCGCCCGUGUCAGGGUUUCUGUGUGAACGUCAUGAAGGGGUGCUAUGCCCAGCAUUGGGAACUGACACGGACAUGGAGGACAUAUAUUGAUGCACUGGCUAUGCUGGAAACGCGCGUUCAGUCCGUUUUUAACAUUGACGUAAUCCUGAACACUGUAGCCAUCCACAUCAGUGACGCCAUCUUAACAUAUCAGGAAAACUCCGAAAAUAUAACGGCGAAGGUUACCGCAGCUUGUGGCCCGUUGCCUUCCUUCCUGAGACGGCGACAAAAGAGAGCCAUGGGAGACGCGACAUCUUACGAAUUCAGACGCGACAUGAUGACACAAGACGAGUUUGAGAGCAUCCUCCAGUCAGCGAGACGAGCUCAGGCAGGCGCGGAGAAUCUAUGGCAACAGCUUCACUCCCGAAUUUGUGAUCAGCUAGCCGCGCCAUUUACGGAAAAAGAAAAGUGUUGGAACGGAACGCAUGUGUCUAGGUAUCUUCCGAACGAAGUAGUCGGAGGUUUGAUAUAUCAGCGCAGUAACCCGGAGGUAGUGGUCAAUGAGCGGACCACCAAUGCCAUGGUCAGUCAGCUUAGGCUUGACCUUGUUGAGAUCACGGACGUUCUAAUGGCCACUCAUAAAGGCAAAAAUAGAGACGGAAUAGAUGUUGAGACGCAGAGUGGCAGCGGGUCCGGAGUAGACGACGAAGAUAUGUAAAAAAUGUAUGGAAACACCACCGAUGGAAAAUGUUGGCAAAUGAAAGGCAACUUCAGCAAGGCGUGGUCAUAUUAAGAAGAAGAAAAACGAUUGUUUUGCAUUAUGUGCUAGUGCAAUCAAGAAAGAGAGAGGGUCGCUAUAACCCUUCGUAACAUUAACUGCCCAGAAAUUUUCAGUUUAAAAUCACAUCAGUCAAAGUACAGAAGCUGCUGGACUGCUAUAAAAGAAAUUUAUACAUCUGCUUUUCAUAUAAACUGAAUUUUCGAGCCUCUUAUAUGAAAAGCAAUCUGAAGGGUUGACUAAAGAGUCUGCAUUACAGGGACAAAGUGUAAGAAUUUAAACAUAGGUAAAGUACACAAACCAUUUCUUGUUGAACUUAUCCGAGAACAAGAAAUCCAGAGCUUUUAACAGAUAAAUGUCAUGAAUUAAUGCCGCCAAAAAUUAUUUAAUUUAUCUUCUCCAGACGAUUCUCACCACCACAGUUUAGAAUCACGCGCAACCCGGUGUGACAGGAAUGGCAGUCCUAGGAGUGGAAGACCGGGCUCCCCUAUGAUUAGUACAGGUUAGGGUUAGUUGGAGCAUUGGGAUUAGUAUAUGGGCCGAAUGUCACCUGUACAAAGUAAUGGGGAACGGCCUGCGGUUCCUAGCGGACUUCCAUUCCUGUUGCACCCCAUGUCAGUGUUGGAUGUGAUGGCGAUUUUUAAAAUUUCCCAGAUUGUUACAGAAUUAUGGCGAGUGACGUGGAAAGAGUAUCACGGGUUGGUCAGUAUGAAAAAUAUUGCUUGCCCCAGGAAAAUAAGUAUGGGUUUGUCUCAAAAAAAUCUUACGCUGUUCAUCUUUAAGACCAAUAUGUUUUUUCCUACUUAAUGUCACUAUCACGAAAUGUAAGCUUCAUUAUUAUCUGUGUUUGUACAAUAGUUGCAUUCUGAAAGAAUUAUGCUGAUCUUAGCUGAUUGUAGGUUUAUAAUUUAUUAAUUGCAAGGUACGAGCAACAAAUCCUAAACUUAAAGUUCCGUCGCCACUGAUGAACAGGACAUUCACUUAACGAGAUUGCACGCAGAAGGUAUUGCAGCGCGCCUGUUUAACUAUACUUAGGUCAGAGACGGUAACGAAGUUUUUUUUGUGUGAGUGGUAUGUGAUAUUUAUGCUUUCAUGUAAACGGAAAUAUUGUAAUUUAGUUCUCCGGUCUAUAGUUAUUUUAAGAUGGAUUUAAGUUAUAUAUAUUCAUUCAUACAAUAUACAAUUUUCGUACAAUACAAUAUUAACAUUCAGGUCUUCAAGCCAAAUUUGAGGAUCUCUUUUCCCUUCCCCGAUAAUAAUUUCAAAGAAAUAGAAAAAAGUCUGAUAAAGCAAAAUGUUCUCAGUAGCGGCCAGGAAACUCCUGGUUAACUCAUCAG